AUGUCAACUCUUUACAGUUGGAGAAGCUUUAUUAAAGUUAGAGAAGGAUUAAAAUCCGCAUCCACUCUCCAAAUAGCCGUCAUGACGAAUAUUGAUCAAAAUUUCAUUGAGGAUGCACCUGUGGUCUUGAAUUUUCAUGUGGAUGCAAAGAAAGCACAGUUAACGCAAAAGGAAAUUGAGGGAUACAAUUUAGCCAAACAAAUGCAACAUUGCAAAUUAAUGAAUCGACUCUUUAAAAGCAUGUAUCACUACUAUGCUGAAGGAUAUACUUUGACUUAUCACUUGAAAGAAGCUUUACAAAAAGUGGUGGAAAGAGGCAAAACAAAUUCCGAUUCUAUUAAGGAAUAUGGAAGAGAGUUGAGAAAGCAGAGAAAGGAAGGCCUCUAUGCUAUCAUCAUCAACACCACUAGUACUUCAUCUACAAGUACCAGUACAGGAAGUGGAGAAAGUAUUCAAAGUUUGGAACGAGAUUCCAAUUUCAUUACUGCAACUACUGGCAGCUCUAACAAUAAUAAUGGUUUCAAACCAAAACAAGCACCUCCGGUUCCUAACAAGAGUUGGUAUCAACAAAACGAAGUCAUGGAUAGAAGUAGUGAAAGCAACAAUUCAAAUUCUUCAUCGUCAGCAGCAACAACAAGUCAAACGUCAUCCUUGGCUUCACCUUCUAUUAAUGAGCCACCCCAACUUCCAGUGUUUGAUUUGAAACAAAGGAAAGUCAAUUCUCGUCUAGUGGACAAACCACAAGGUCGAGUUGAAAAUUCAGACCCGUACCACUCGACCAAUGAAGUUGAAUAUAAUACUCCUCCCUCACAGCAGAAACCUUAUCAACAACCAAAACAAUUUUCCAAUGCACCUCCUGUAUUGUCCCAACCUCAAACGAAACAAACGACUUUUGAAAAACCUCAACAACAACCAUCUGUUGUGACAACACUGAUCUUAAACUCUCAACUACAGGAAACAUCUCAAUUUACUCAAAAUGAUGAACGACACAACUAUGAAGAAGAAGAAAAUGAACAAGAGUGCACUUCUGCCUCCCGAACACUACCAAACUCUCACUUCUCUUCACCUCAUGGGAAUGAAGAUUACGAAGAAGAGCCUCCCAUUGUGGAAGAAGAAUCCUAUCAACAUAUUCAGAAGCCAGCAAAAGCUUCUCCUUCAACUCCAAAUAUAUCUGCCUCAAAACCUGUCAUCCAAUCUCAUUCACAAAGAAAGGAUUAUGUUCAAUCUCCUCAAGAGUAUGAAGAGGAGAAUGUGGUUGCCCAUCAUGCCUCAAUGUGUCCGGACAAGGCGAAUCCAAAAACAAUGCAUCAGUUUCAUGUAAACCACCAGUGCCUCAGUCAAGAAAUUUUCAACAAUCCACAUCUCGACAAAGAAGUGUGCAUCAGGCAUCAAAACCUCAAACUUCAGUACAACCUUUCAAAACCACAAUCCUCGUCAAUAUCCAGAAAGCCAGCAUCAUUUACAACAGACGAGAGUCAUAUUAACAACCAACGACAAGAAGCAAUGCCACAUGCCAAAUCAAAUUUCAGUGUUGGUGAUGGUGUGAACAAGGUUGUUGGAAAUAGUUCUCCUCAAGUCAUGCAAUUGGCCCAAAUGAUUUCUCAGUCAGGUAUCUUUGCAUCAAAACCUCCACCCCAAACUCAACAACAACAGCACUAUCCAAAACUCUUCUCGGCCAGUACGAACUGA